AUGAAUACCUUCUUGGUGGAUGAGGGAAUGUCGCAUGUCUAUAGGAAGGAUAUUAAGGUGAUAGUAGAGUGCCCAGCGGGCUCCACCUUAAGAAGCCGGAGAGCGGACCAGCCUUCUAUUUGUACACAAGUGAUCUACUGCAGAAAAACGAAUACAGCGCUCGCCUUACGUAUUCUAGCAACUUUCGUACCUUUGGGUUCAGAUUAUAUUUUAAAGCAAGUUACUAUUUUUCAUAGGCACGGAGAUAGAUUACCAGCAGGAAAUAAAAAAUGCUGGGAGAGUGAUAUACAAGAAAAAAGUAUUGAUUGCAACUUUCGGUCCGGGAUGAUUUAUGAUUUCCCUUCCCCGGAUAUAUCGCUGAAGCACAAAGCCAUGAUUGAGAACUAUAUUAAUGUAAAUUCCACUUCUUCUAAAGGAUGCCGUCCAGCACAACUAACUAAGAUGGGUUAUGAAACUCAAGUCAGUGUUGGUUCCAUGUUGCGCCGAAGUUAUGUGGCCACAAAAUUUGUUUCUCCUAUUUACAAUUCCACUGAGAUUUAUUUACGAGCAGAUGAGAAAUCUCGUGUUAUUGGCUCUUUGCAAGGCUUAAUGAAUGGAUUGUUUCCUGGAUCCCAAACGAAUGCUUUUGUUUAUGAUGUGAUGGAUUUGGAUGCCGAUCCCAUUUACUCAUUUUUCUUUUGUCCCAAAUACAACAAAUAUUCUGCUGAAUUCCAGAGGGCGGCUAUUUCGAGAAAGUUAGAACUUGAUAAGCUUGAAUCACAAGUGGCAGACACGAUGAGAACUCUUAUAAACUAUAAUGAUCUUUUACAUUUAUGGGAAUGCAUGAUUUUUUAUAAUUGCCAUCACUAUGAAACUCCCUUAAAUAAAAGUUUUCAAAAAGAUCUCGCGUUGCUUUUGGAAUUAUCUUAA